UCUCCCCAUGCCACCAUGCCUCUUGCCAAAGACGUCCUGCACCCUCCUCCCAAGGAGGAGAAGCGGAAACACAAGAAGAAGCGCAAACACAAGAAGAAGCGCCUGGUGCAGAGUUGGAACUCGUAUUUCAUGGACGUAAAGUGCCCAGGGUGCUAUAAAAUCACCACUGUCUUCAGCCAUGCACAAACAGUGUUUCUCUGUGUGGGAUGCUCCACUGUGCUCUGUCAGCCUACUGGAGGAAAGGCAAAACUUACAGAAGGAUGCUCCUUCAGAGGGAAGCAGUACUAAUGACUGAAUCAAGAU